AUGUCUUUUCUAAGGCUCAAGAGGGGCAACAUGCUGCUGAAGACGCUCUCUCUCAUCCUAAUGGGUAUGUUGCUUUCCUUUGUUCUUUGGGAAACUGGUACGUUGCCAAUGUCGGAUCUCAACAUACCAAAGCAAUUCUCUGUUGACCUGCCUGCCUGCUCAGCUAUCAUCAAUGGAGAUGUACAGAAAAAGAAGACUGAAUUAGAAAGACUUCUGGCAUUCAGGACAAAGCAGAAUACUUUUUCAGAGGAUUUCUACCUUAAUGCAACAAAGAACUGUCCAGCAUACAUCAAAAAGAGAGGUUUCAUUACAGUCCCUCUGAGUGAAGAGGAGGAAACUUUUCCCAUCGCAUACUCAAUGGUGAUCCAUGAGAACAUUGAGAUGUUUGAGCGACUUCUACGAGCUGUUUACGCUCCUCAGAACAUCUACUGUGUACAUAUGGACCUGAAAUCCUCCGCAGGGUUUCAAGAUGCUGUGAUAGCCAUUGUUUCAUGCUUUCCCAAUGUGUUUGUAGCCAGUAAAUUAGAAAGAGUGGUUUAUGCUUCGUGGUCUCGAGUACAGGCGGACCUGAACUGCAUGAAAGAUCUGCUGAACUCUGAGGUGGACUGGAAGUACCUGCUUAACACCUGUGGCACAGACUUCCCCAUUAAAACAAAUGGAGAGAUGGUAAAGGCACUGAAGGCUCUCAAUGGGCGAAACAGCAUGGAGUCUGAAGUCACCAAUGACUACAAGAAACAACGCUGGCAGUAUCAUUACAAUGUCACUGACAGUGUGAUCCGGACAGACGUGAGGAAGAGCCCUCCACCCAUCAGCAGCCCCAUGUUCUCAGGAAAUGCCUACUUUGUGGUGACAAGAGCCUUUGUGAAACACGUGAUAGAGGACAGAGAGGUGCAGACAUUUCUGGAGUGGGAAAAGGACACAUACAGCCCUGAUGAGCACCUGUGGGCCACUCUGCAGAGGAUGCCCACUGUUCCUGGAUCAGCGCCUGCUAACAUCAAGUACGACAUGUCUGACAUGCAAGCCUUUGCUCGUGUGGUGAAGUGGAGCUAUUUAGCAGGAGAGGUGAAAAAAGGAGCUCCGUACUACCCCUGCACGGGUGGCUAUAGGAGAGCUGUAUGUGUGUAUGGGGCUGGGGACCUCCGCUGGCUCCUGAGACAACACCACCUCUUUGCAAAUAAGUUUGAUCCUAAGAUCGAUGACAUUGCCAUAAGGUGUCUAGAGUCAGUUCUGCGUUUCAAAGCUUUAGGCCAUGACCCAGUCUUAACAGAUCAACAUGCAAUUAUUUUCGUGAUCCGGACAGACGUGAGGAAGAGCCCUCCACCCAUCAGCAGCCCCAUGUUCCAAGGAAAUGCCUACUUUGUGGUGACAAGAGCCUUUGUGAAACACGUGAUAGAGGACAGAGAGGUGCAGACAUUUCUGGAGUGGGAAAAGGACACAUACAGCCCUGAUGAGCACCUGUGGGCCACUCUGCAGAGGAUGCCCACUGUUCCUGGAUCAGCGCCUGCUAACAUCAAGUACGACAUGUCUGACAUGCAAGCCCUUGCUCGUUUGGUGAAGUGGAGCUAUUUAGCAGGAGAUGUGGAAAAAGGAGCUCCGUACUACCCCUGCACGGGUGAAUAUAGGAGAGCUGUAUGUGUGUAUGGGGCUGGGGACCUCCGCUGGCUCCUGAGACAACACCACCUCUUUGCAAAUAAGUUUGAUCCUAAGAUCGAUGACGUUGCCAUAAAGUGUCUAGAGUCAGUUCUGCAUUUCAAAGCUUUAGGCCAUGACCCAGUCUUAACAGAUCAACAUUCAAUUAUUUCGUAAAACGUGUAAUAAUUUACGGCAUUAGGCUGCAGACAUUCUCGGCAUUUGGGAACUCUAGGUUUAGUAAAAGAGACGCCUGAGCUUAAGCUCAACACUCAAAUACAAAGUCAAAAGUCAUUAAACAAGUGAUGUAAUUGGUUUCAUGGGAACUAUUCGCAAAAACAAGAAAGAUUAUUGUUUAAAACUGCAACAGCGUCACACCUCAAGCAUUAAACAAUAAAUGCCAUUUACUGACAGGUGGUGAUUAUCAUUUAUAUCCAACACUGAACGGAUUUUUGUGCUGUGGCCAACCUUUACUGACUGUAAAGGGCGUGACAGGUGAUGUGUGCAUCCAUCAGCUCAGUGACAUGAGUUGCCAUGUGCAUUUGGGGCUGGGCAGAGACAGACAUCAAACCGAUGCCUUCCCUAAAUACCUUCAUAGUGAGCAUUUACCAUUUACACAGAUAUUAUACUGUUGUAUUUUUCACUUUGUUUCAACAUUCAUUUCCUUUGAAUUAUUAUCAUCAUUAUUUUAUCUUCUGUUAAGUUUGCAGUGUCUUCAUGUUGUUUAUCUGUCAACAAACCUGAUGAAAGUAUAAAGAAAUUUCUUUACUAAGACAAACUGGUGACACACUGUCACUUAGAAUCACUGAUUGAGUCCUUUCUGCCAUGACUCACUCUUAACAGAUCAACUAUUUUAACCUUUUUGUAAAGAACGGAAUGACUUAAAAUGUCACAUUGUGUAACAGGUAAAUAUGUUACUAUUCCUUUAUCAAGGAAUUAUAAUAUUGCACUGGUAAGAAAUAAAAAAUAAAACAGUGUGUCUUCAUGGCUUUACUUGGCAGAAACAAUGAUAGAACCUACUUCUCAGAUUUACAUUCCACAAGUCAGAGGGGCUGAUCAGGGGCAAAAACAUAAGAUUAAUAAACAAAAAAUAAUAAAACUUUAUUUUUCCCAGGCAGGACUUUAACAGUGAAUAUCAGCAGUGAACAAUGAAAAAAAGGUGUCGUUGUAAAUUGUUGUAUGAAAUGCCACUCGAUGGGCCAGAGACCUAAAAUGUAGUUUAAAACCCAAAUGAUUAACAAUAAAAAUAUAUUAAUUUCUCUCCUUUGACACCCAUUGAAUAUAAAUAUAUAUAUUUAAAGGUAAUAAAGCAGAACAUGCAUCAACCACUUGUAACAGAGUGCCUUAAA